ACUAUCGAAUCAACGUCAGAUGUAGAUUGAGUUUGACGAAUUUUCAAUGAUAAUGUGCCUAUACUAAAUGAAUAUGACACGUGGAAAAUAAUAUUUCUAGAAUGUUAUUCAACACGUCUUCAAUAAAUUAGUCAGGAAAAAUUUUCAUUCGGAAGAAAAGUUUAUUUAAUCGGGGGCCCCUGAGGACCUUGAGGCCAUACGUUCCAGCGUACUAAGCGUACCGGUUGAUCCGCCACUGUACCCUGUAAUCGGGCCAAAUUUAUUUGGCGGGAGAAUGCUAUUUAUCCAGCCUUCGUGCAAGUAGAAUGCAGAAGACCAUCAAACGAUAAUUUUUCAACACCACCUCAUUUCGUCCAAUCGGUGUGUCAGUUCUUAGAUGAAACUUUUCUUCACGCCUGGAUUGGAAGAAGAAGAUUGGAAUAUUGAGUGGCCACUCAGAUCACCUAAUCUGGUUCCAGUGGGCUUUUUUCUAUUGGGUCACCUGAAAUCCAAGAUUUACGCUACCCAGCCUGAGUCACAGGAUGAUUUGCGAACUCGGAUCAUUAAUGAAUGCCGUCAAAUUCCACCAGAAAUCUUGAGUAUAGUACGUGAAGGUUUUCAGCGAAACUCGCAUUACUGCAAUGAAGUGGUAGGUGCCUAUUUCCAGCAUUUAAUAUAGUAAUCACAAAAUUCCUGAGAAGAUAAUAUGGGGUCUAUUGGGUAAAUCAGCAGAACUUCCAUGCGACGUAACACCACCUACACCUUCAGACAGUGUGAAAAUGGUUUUUUGGUAUAAAGAUAACAUUGGGAUGCCUUGGUAUAGCUUAGACGCACGAAGUGGGCUUUCGCAUGCAUCUCAUUUGACUAUUAGUGGCGAUCUGGGAAACCGCCUCUACUUUAUUAUGGAUGGGGAACCUUCCCAGGCGAGACUGAAAAUUGAAAAUAUAUCCAUUCACGACCAAGGAAUAUACAGGUGUCGAGUGGAUUUCGUCAAUUCUCCCACUAGAAAUUUUCAAGUCAACUUGAGUUUGAUAGAGCAACCAUCCUCCCUACGAGUUUUCGACGCAGAAGGCAGAGAAAUUACAUCGAAUUCCAGUGCCGGGCCUUUCUUGGAGGAGCACGAUCUAUUCCUGUCCUGCCAGGUGAAUGGGGGUAAACCUCGACCAACUGUAACGUGGUGGCAUGGAAAUUCUCUUCUCGAUGGGGUGGUGGAUACAAGUUCCAAUUCUUUCACUACCGUUAAUCAGUUGUUUAUAUCACACGUGUCACGUUAUCUUAAAGGAGCCCGAUUUGAAUGUAGAGCGACCUCUUCAGACACUGCUGGACACAUUACUAGAAACAUUCCAUUAAUUGUAUAUUUGAAGCCCAAUAAAGUGAAGAUAGUCUCUCCGAAUGAGCUGAUGUCGAACCGGAAGUCCCAGAACAUUAAAUGUGAAACUUCCGGCUCAUAUCCCCCCGCCAAACUAACGUGGCUACUUGACGGAAAGUCCAUUAAACAAUCCAUCGUUACGGAAGAAGAAACAGAAUUUUUUACCGCCAGUAUUUUGACAUUGACUGUGUCAGCAGACGACGAUGGCAAGGAGCUAAUUUGUCGUGCAGAGAAUCCUAGAUUUCCUGGAAGCAGAAUACAAGACAGCAGGCUAAUCAGUGUUGCGUAUCCCCCUAAAGUAAGGGUACAAUUGGAUUCCGAGCUAUCUCUGCCUGCUAAAGAGGGAUCGGAGGUCAGGCUAAAAUGCGAAGGACAAGCAAAUCCUAGUGCGAAUAAUUAUAGGUGGUAUCACAACGGUCACAUAGUCCAGUUGAACUCAACUUCCGGCGUAUUUCCCAUAGACGAUGUGCUCAUAAUGAAGCACGUGGACCGGAAAUCCGCCGGACAGUACGCCUGCUCGGCCACCAACAGUGAAGGGGAGACGUACAGCGCCACCUUCGAUCUGCAGGUCCAGUUUACACCUCGUUGCAGAAAAGGAUACGAAGAAAUAAGGGUGGGUGCAAUUCCACAGAAGAAAAUCAAGGUCGAGUGUCAUGUUGAGUCUGUUCCGGAGGUUAAUAAGUUUUACUGGACGUACAAUACCAGCAGAAAUGUCCUCAGAGUUCAAGGAUCGAGAAUGGAAAAUAAAGGCAGUAUUUCCACUCUGUACUUCGAAAUACCAUCUUCUGAAAAUGAAGUACAUUCAUUAUCGUGCUGGGCUGCCAACGAUCUGGGGCCACAAGUUGUUCCCUGCCUAUUCCUUCUUGUACCAGCAAGCACACCGGAAAGACCCCGUAACUGCAUCUACACCAACGCUACCGUAGGGGGCACAUUGAAGGUGACCUGCAGACCCGGCCGAGACGGGGGACUACCCCAAUCCUUCGUGCUCGAAGUGAAAGACGUAACACCUUUUAAUCCCCCGUCAUCCGGCGUUUCGACGCUGAGCGAUCAGGGAGAGGACGCUCCCCCCGCGUUCAGGUUCUUGGGGGAGCGGCCAGAGUUCGAGAUCCACAGCCUUCAGCCCGGCAGGGAAUACCAAGUGUCGGUGUUCGCGGAGAACGCCAGGGGACGCAGCACGCCAUACGAGAUCAUGCCCAGUAUCAGGGUUCCCCUGUCUGAUACAGCGGAAAGUGUUAAGAAUCAUGAAUUGGUCCAGCCUAAUACGUCGAAUCAGAAAGUAUCCACGAAUCUCACCCCAAUAUAUAUCGUUCUAUCAUCUUGUGCAGUUAUACUGGUAAUAGUGAUCAUCACUGCGGUUUCCAUCUUGGCAUGCAGAAAACCAUCUACCGAGGUGGUCGUUAGACGGAAGAAUACGAGGAAGCCUAAUAAUAUGACGGAAGAUUUCGAACUCAACUCAGAGGCUGGCUUUGGGUCUGGUUUCCAUCGCAGAAGCGCUCAGUAUAGGGCAAGCAUGUACGGAAUGGACGAUGUUGAGAGGCGGAUAUCCAACAUUGUAGAUAGGCCUGACCUUAUAUUAUCACCAAGAAGUCUAAGAAACGUGGACGAAGAAGACCAGGUCUAAUUCGAGGAGUACUUAUUUGAUGUAAUUGAGGAAUGAUGAACCAUUCAGCAAUGAACAUCAAUAAGUUACACAUUGAAGGAAAUAUCAAAGAAAAUAUUUUCUUCUUCAAUUAUUCAUAUAAUUGUUAUGAAGAACGCUUCUGGCGUUUCCAUAUUCGAACAAUCAAAGAGUAGAUCAUGAAUACUACCCUCAUUCUAGAGUUAUUAUUUUAAUUGAACAAUUAAUCAAGCCUACUUUUUGAGUGGCUAUCUAUCAGAAAUGACUGAUGGAACCCUUGUAAAUAUAGACAUUAUUUUCAAGUAUGAUGGAUGAAUAUUGUAUCAUCUCAUUAUUUAAGUAUAAGCGCUCAUUUUCAUAUUAUAUAGGUAUAAUCAUUCAUUCUUUUCAAGUAACUCAUGUAAAUAUUCCACUUAUUGUAUCUAUAAUAGUAUUGACAAAAUAUUGAUAAUUUUAAUUUCUUGCUAAGUAAUCAUGGAUCAUUGUAGAUAGGAUUUAUAACUUAUGGAUUGAGAUGCAUAAUUCCAUAUUUGCACCCAAUCUCUUCCAUAGUUCUUCACGACGAGUAUUAAGAAUUUAUGAAAUAUCAUUAAUAUGUACUUCAUAUAUAUUGUAAAAAUGUAAUCUCAGGAAUAUUUUCACUAUUUUAUGUAAAUAAA